AUGGCGUCAAAUAGCCAUGACCGCGGCUCUAGCGACGAGAAUGAUAUCGCCGACCACUCAAUCCCCUUACAAGACCUUACCGGCCCGCAGGAACGAGGACGAAGGUUAAGUAGGGUAGGAAGCCGGUUGUUCUCAGGUCGCUCGUUAACAGAGAGAGGACGGCCUUAUGAACGAUUAUCGGAGGACUCGCCCGUUGAACAUGGAGGUCAUACUACGGGCUCACACUCUGCCGAGGGCGCAAACCAAUUUAAUGUUGAAGACCCCGGAGCUUUCGCGGCAGCGAUGUCGUCGGUUGGUCUUGGAUUGGAAGUCUCUGGGUUUCAGCACUCACAACCGAGCGCAUCCCACCUAGCCGCACACACCCGAGAUGAAUCGGAGUCCGACAUGGAGUUUGUCCGUAUAGAUAGCGUCGACCCUCACGAAGCUGAACACUACCUCUCACCAUCCGAAAUAUACCCAGAUACCACUCCAUUGACUAGUAUCCGACAUGUGCAACCCAUUAGCGGUGCUUCAAUUACCCCCAGCGGUUCGCAAGAUCCAUCGAAUGCGCCCUCCGUUCGGUUCGACGACAGUCAGAUGGGGUCGCGAUUGGGUGAUGAUUUGCAUAAUAUGGAGAGCGGUUAUAGUGGACGGCGCCGCGCGGAGAGUGUCUCGAAAGACGGGGGACGUUCGCUGUCCCCCUCAGUCUCCGGAUCAGCACUGCUGCGCGCAAGUUCGAUGAUGAAGUCAGUUUCUCAACGUGUCGUGAAUUUGAGUAACGAGCCCGAGGUGGUAGAGCGGUCUCUUUCAAGAGACUCCCAUAAGAGUUCUCGCAUGGAGGCUCCUCCCUCACUUCCUUCUCUUACAGACUAUGCGCACGAUGCGCCGUCCAGUUCUUCGUUGAACGAGCAAUCUGCCAGGGAGAAAUCUGUGAAUAGCAAAGCUUGGAAAGGGCUGAGCAAUCCAUUGCGUGGAAAAGCUCUUGGGUUUCUUGGCCCAGAUAAUGCGCUUAGGAUGUGGUUAUGUGAUAUUCUCGUCCAUCCGCUCACAGAGCCGUUCAUCUUGGUCAUCAUUGUCGUGCAGACCAUUCUCCUAACCAUUGAAUCAGCGCAAUCGGAAUGGUCUCAUCCAAGGCUGCCACACUGGGGCUUGAACCGUAUGGAUUAUCCUUAUUUUGUGAUCUUCAUUAUCUACACUGUCGAACUUAUUGCGAAGAUUUUAGUAUCUGGGCUCUUCUUUAAUCCAACCGAGUACAGUACAAUAGACCGGUCAAAAGGGAUCACGACAGCGCUGAUGGAAAAGGGUAAAAACCUCAUCACACCACAGCGGCAAUUCUCCAUAAGGAAAUCAUCAGCACAACCGGAACCCCAGCAAGCAUCGAUCAUACGAACCUUCACAGGCGGGCUAAACCAGCUAGAGCAGCAGCUGGCUGAUGAUCCUCUUCAGAAGCGCCGUAUCCGUCUUGCUCACCGCGCCUUCCUACGGCACUCCUUCAACCGACUGGACUUUGUCGCGGUGCUUGCAUAUUGGGUGAGCUUCGUCUUAAACUUAGGAGGCGUCGAGAAUACGCACCAGCUCUACGUUUUCCGAAUGCUCAGCUGUCUGCGUAUCCUGCGUCUUCUCGCGUUGACUAGUGGAACAUCUGUUAUCCUUCGAAGUUUGAAGAAAGCUGCUCCCUUGCUGGUCCACGUUGCUUUUCUAAUAGGUUUCUUUUGGCUUUUGUUUGCCAUUGUAGGGAUUCAGAGUUUCAAGUCGAGUUUCCGGAGAACAUGCGUCUGGCUUGGAGAGGAAUACGGCGAGCAAAACUUCACCAUGAAUGAUCCGUUCGGGACACUUCAGUUCUGUGGUGGCUGGCUUGAUGAAACAGGCACUCAGAGGCCAUGGUAUUCUUCCGAUGGAUUUGAAAGCGACUCGAAACCCAAAGGGUUUAUUUGUCCUCAAGGAUCGAUAUGUGUCGAAGGAGGCAAUCCUUACAAUACGACCAUGAGUUUCGAUGACAUCUUGCAUUCGCUCGAACUCGUAUUUGUCAUAAUGAGCUCCAACACCUUCACUGAUAUCCUCUAUAACACCACUGACAGCGAUUACCUUGUAGCUGCACUUUUCUUCGCCUGCGGCUUUGUGAUUUUGAGUUUGUGGAUGGUGAAUCUGUUGGUUGCUGUUAUAACCCACUCUUUCCAGGUCAUUCGUGAAGAAAGCAAGCGAAGCGCUUUUGCAUCUCAAAAGAUUGAGGCGUCCGAGGAGGAGGAGGAGUCUUCCCGCAAAGUUAGCACGUUGAAGCGCAUCUAUGACGCGACGUAUUGGUUCUGGAUUGCCGUCAUCAUUUUCGACCUUGUUAUGCAAGCCCAGAGGAGCUCUAGCAUGGGUGAUGGUCGGGUCCAGCUCAUUGACAAUUGCGAGAUUGUCGUCACAGUUGCUUUACUCGGCGAGAUUUUACUGCGAUUCAUAUCGGAUUGGCGCAAAUUCCAUCAGAGCCGCCGCAACUGGGUCGAUUUGGCACUUGCAAUAAUCACCUGCAUCAUUCAAGUUCCUGCUAUUAGGAACUCUAAACGAACUUAUGAUAUCCUUACCGUCUUUCAAAUCCUCCGAUUCUAUCGAGUCGUUCUAGCAUUUGCCGUCACAAGGAAUCUCAUCACGCUCGUCUUUCGCAAUGCCGUUGGUCUACUGAACCUGAUCCUCUUUGUGUUUCUCAUCACAUUCCUCGCCUCUAUAUUUGCAACGCAACUCUUCCGCAGUCAGAUUCCGCGAGAGGAUGACGACGGAGGUACGAUUGAGAUCACUUUCUCUGACCUAUACAACUCAUUCCUUGGAAUGUAUAUAAUACUAUCCAGCGAGAACUGGACAGAAACCCUUUACAACGUCACCUCAUACACAUACAGCUUCAAUACGGCCUGGAUCUCAGCAACAUUUGUGAUUUUGUGGUUUAUUGUGGCCAACUUUAUCGUUCUGAAUAUGUUCAUUGCAGUCAUCCAGGAAAGUUUCGACGUAUCAGAGGAUGAAAAACGGCUUCACCAGGUCCGAGCGUUUCUGGAGCAAAAGCAAGUCGGCAGUGCAUCUCAAGGAAACUUGUCUCUUUCCAAAAUCCUCAAGCUCGGACGAGGUUCGGCUCGCUUUAAAGACCCGCUCGACCAUGGCCCCGCAGCGCUAGAUAUGCUCUUGAAAGAUGCCGUUGUUCGUGAAUUUCUCGACGAAGAGAUGCCUGAAAACCAGCGCCGCGAGGAAGCUUCAAUCGCGAGAACCGCAACCACAGCGGAAGGGCUCGUUGAGCCUGGCGUAUUUUCACGCCUCUGGACUUCGGUCACGUCGUCGGUUCUGCGCCGAGAACCUAAUCCAUUCUAUUCCAAGCUGAAAAUCUCACGGGCUUAUGAAGAACUGGGCCCUCAGGAGAUGGUUCGCGAGGUGGUUUCGGCGGAGCAGCAAAGAAAGCGAGAGCAGCGAGAAUACUUAAUACGCCAUCCUACGUACAACACGUCCUUAUUCUUGUUCAAGCCGGAUAACCCGGUUCGAAGGCUUUGCCAGCGCAUGGUAGGACCGGGUCGAGGGUCUCAGCGCGUGGAGGGUGUUGACCCAUAUAAACCCGUCUGGUAUACCUUUACUGCUGUUGUUUAUGCUGCUAUAGUGGCAAUGGUUAUCCUCGCUUGCAUAACUACCCCGAUCUAUCAGGCUGUCAACUUCCAAACUGAUAGAGACUGGUUCACAUACACCGAUCUAGGCUUCGCCAUCUUGUUCUCCAUAGAAGCACUCAUCAAGGUUAUCGCCGACGGUUUCUUCUGGACUCCCAAUGCGUACUUCCGUGGCUCAUGGGGCUUCAUUGACGGGAUUGUUCUGGUGACCCUCUGGAUAAAUGUGUUAAGUGCGUUGAGUUCGGAGCGCGGUGUUUCUCGGGCGAUCGGGGCGUUCAAAGCUCUGAGAGCGCUAAGGCUGCUUAACUUCAGUGAUAGCGCCAAGAAUACAUUCCACUCCGUCAUAAUCGUUGGAGGAUGGAAAGUUAUUGCUGCUGCCUUGGUUUCGAUGAGUUUUCUGAUUCCGUUUGCAAUCUAUGGAGUAACAUUAUUCAAUGGCCAAUUGAUGGAGUGCAAUGAUGACGGGAUAGCGGGAAGCUUGGACGCUUGUGUUGGCGAGUUUAUGAGCUCACCGUUUAAUUGGGACGUUCUCGCCCCUCGGGCUGUGUCGAAUCCUUGGUACGACUUCGAUAAUUUCGGGAAUUCGUUGUUCAUUCUCUUCCAGAUUGUCUCUCAAGAAGGCUGGACGGCGGUUCAGUCCAGCGUUAUGAGCAUAACGGGCCUUGGACGGCAGCCAGAAACCUUUGCCGCACCAGAAAAUGGGCUGUUUUUCGUGGUGUUUAACUUGCUCGGCGCCGUCUUUGUUCUGACGCUGUUCACGUCUGUGUUCAUGCGCAACUACACGGAGCAAACUGGGGUUGCCUUUCUGACAGCUGAGCAGCGUUCUUGGCUUGAAUUGAGGAAAUUGCUCAGACAAGUUUCACCCUCCAAGCGGAGGUCCAGUGAGAAAAGCACGUCCUGGAAGCAGUGGGCUUAUCGAGUGGCCUAUAAAAAGCAUGGUCGUUGGGCAAAAUGUGUUACCACGGUCCUUGUGCUUCACCUCAUACUGCUGGUCAUUGAAUAUUACCCGGAGAACUAUCUUUGGAACUUGGCUCGAGAUGGCUUAUUCUUCUUAUUCAACUUCGUCUACAUUGCGAAUGUGCUCCUCCGUCUGGUCGGACUGGGUUGGCACCGAUUCAGUACAAGCUCCUGGGAUAUGUAUGCCUUGCUUGUCGUUCCCAGCACUGUCAUUACGUCCAUCCUGAACUUCACGUCAUAUGAGCAGCGGAAGACGAUUGAGGUGUUGAACAAGCUUUUCCUGGUUGCUAUUACACUACUUCUCAUCCCCCGCAACAACCAACUGGACCAACUUUUCAAGACUGCAGCGGCUAGUUUCACGUCCAUUGGAAACCUACUGGCGACCUGGUUUGUUAUGUUCCUGGUCUACGCCAUCGCGAUGAACCAGGCUUUUGGACUUACCAAGUUUGGCGGAAAUGAAAACGGAAACAUCAAUUUCAGAGACAUCCCAAGGGCUUUGAUCCUGCUUUUCCGGACGAGUUGCGGCGAGGGCUGGAACGAACUCAUGGAAGAUUUCGCAACGAUGGAACCACCGCUAUGUACCGCCAUCACCGAUGGGUUCUUCGGGAACGACUGCGGAAGCAAGGGCUGGGCCCGAGCAUUGUUUAUCUCGUGGAACAUCAUCAGCAUGUACAUUUUCGUUUCCCUAUUUGUCUCGUUGAUCUUCGAGAGUUUCUCCUACGUCUAUCAGCGAAGCAGUGGUCUUUAUGUCAUCAGCCGGGAAGAACUUCGCCGUUUCAAGCAGGCAUGGGCUGAAUUCGACCCAGAAGGCACAGGCUACAUUACCAAGGAGCAGUUUCCACGGCUGUUAAGGGAACUUACGGGUAUAUUCGAAGUGCGCAUAUACCAAGGUGAUUUCAUGGUCCCGCGCAUCCUCGACGAAUGUAGAGUCGACAAGCGCGACUCGCUUCUGGCACACAGAAGAGUCGUUGAGGGAGUUGACCUUGACAAGCUCGCCAAGAUCAUUCGCAAAAUCCCUGUCAAUACUGUUAGGGAACGACGAAAGCGACUUAACGAGCUCUACGAAGAAGUCCUCGUGUCUGCGGACCCGAGGUACGGCAUUACGUUCCACUCGUGUCUCAUGAUCCUCGCACAUUAUAAUGUGAUUAGCGACAGCAAGAGUCUCAGACUCGAAGAGUUCCUACGACGCCGGGCGAAGUUACAGCGUGUGGAGGAAGCAGUCCGUCGCAACACAGUAAUCGGCUUCUUCAAAACACUCACAGCGACUCGAGAGUUCCGAAGAAAGAUCGAGCACAAGAGAUCUGCUAGGAUGACUUUCGUGCCUCAGUUCAACGUCCCCGAAAUCUAUGUGGAUGACGAACUGCAGGAAGACCAACAGUCCCAGGACGGCCCACUGGGGUCGGCGCGCAGCAGCGGGGCGGAACCAUCGAUGCUUUCGCCCACAUCGACGGGCCGUGGAGAAGCUGGACCGUCGCAGCUUCCUCGGAUCAACACAAAUGUCGGAGAUCGAAUGAAUUCUGAAGCCAGCUCGCCGUCGGAAUGGUCCAACAUUAGUAUCUCCCUGUCACCCGGCCGCGAACGAGCGCACACAACCAGUUCAUAUGAUCCGCCAAGUUUCUCAGAAGGAGCGUCGGCGACCUCUGAGCACUCGCGCCACCACAGCGCGAUGGCAGUGCAAGAUGUGAUGCAGUCACUAGGCGAUUCUGCGUGGGGUGAGAGUAUCCGUCGCAGUUUCACGCAGCGACGACCAAGGGAACGACCAAGGGACGAGACAUAA